UGGCACGUGACUUGUUUCGUGGGCUCUGGGGUCCCGGAAGCCGUGAGGCCGGAGCUUAGGUCGGGUAGGGAUGGAGCGCUGAGCCGUUAACGUCUGCCAGGCUGUACACCUCUGUACCUGUUACUGCUGCCACUUCCUCGUUUGACACUUCCCUGGGUCUUUGAGAGAAAGUAGAUGAAAAUGCCAUUCAUUGUAUAGUUAGGGACCUAUCUAGACCCUUGGACCUAGAAAUGGACAUCAAGUGAUGUGUCUAAGUCUAGCAUAACUUCCAUCAUCUUCUGAUUGCCGAUUACCUGCACAGUACUUAACCACAAUUACAUCUAGAGAGAAGGAGUCUCUAUUGAUUUUGGAAGAAAUAUCUGGUAACCAACAUGACUGAGUUCUGGCUUAUAUCAGCUCCUGGGGAGAAAACAUGUCAGCAAACAUGGGAGAAAUUGCAUGCGGCAACUACGAAGAACAACAAUCUUGCAGUUACUUCAAAGUUCAACAUUCCUGACUUAAAGGUUGGCACACUGGAUGUCUUGGUUGGUUUGUCGGAUGAACUGGCUAAACUGGAUGCAUUUGUAGAAGGGGUGGUUAAGAAAGUGGCUCAGUAUAUGGCUGACGUACUGGAGGACAGUAAAGAUAAAGUUCAGGAGAAUCUGUUGGCCAACGGAGUUGACUUGGUUACUUAUAUAACAAGGUUUCAAUGGGACAUGGCUAAAUAUCCAAUCAAGCAGUCCCUGAAAAAUAUUUCUGAAAUAAUUGCCAAGGGAGUGACUCAGAUUGACAAUGACCUGAAAUCUCGAGCAUCCGCAUAUAACAACCUGAAAGGGAAUCUUCAGAAUUUGGAACGAAAGAAUGCAGGAAGUUUGCUAACUAGAAGUCUAGCAGAAAUUGUGAAGAAGGAUGACUUUGUUCUUGACUCAGAGUAUCUCGUCACAUUACUGGUCGUGGUUCCCAAGUUAAACCACAAUGACUGGAUUAAGCAGUAUGAAACACUAGCUGAAAUGGUGGUUCCAAGGUCUAGCAAUGUUCUCUCAGAGGACCAAGACAGUUACCUGUGUAAUGUCACCUUGUUUAGGAAGGCAGUUGAUGACUUCAGACACAAAGCCAGGGAAAACAAAUUCAUCGUUCGUGACUUCCAGUAUAAUGAAGAGGAGAUGAAAGCAGACAAAGAAGAAAUGAACAGGCUUUCUACCGACAAGAAAAAGCAAUUUGGACCACUUGUACGGUGGCUGAAAGUGAAUUUCAGUGAGGCGUUUAUUGCAUGGAUUCAUGUAAAAGCGUUGAGGGUUUUUGUUGAGUCUGUUUUGAGGUAUGGCUUGCCAGUGAACUUCCAAGCAAUGCUCCUUCAGCCCAAUAAGAAAACAAUGAAGAAACUAAGAGAAGUAUUAUAUGAAUUGUAUAAACAUCUAGAUAGCAGUGCAGCAGCUAUUAUUGAUGCUCCUAUGGAUAUUCCAGGCUUAAACCUGAGUCAACAGGAGUAUUACCCCUAUGUGUACUACAAGAUCGAUUGCAACUUGCUGGAAUUCAAGUAAAAUGAGCCCCCCAGAUAGCCCUGCCCUCGUGUCGGUGUCGGUGUUUGCUAACAGACAUAGAUUGUAGUUUGGCUGUACUUUUAACUCUCUCUUACCCCUUGCUUGCUUCUCACCCCCUUUCCUAGUCGUGUUCUCUCGUAGUGGUCCAUUUGUCAACAUUUUGUUUUUAAAAGGAAACUAUAUGUCUUGUUUCUUUUUAUUGAUCAGGUCUGUAAAUGUGUGCUAAAAAAAAAAAAUCAGAGUUUAUUUAUAAACAGAAUAGUUUAUUUAAAAAGAAGGUCUUACUUCAUCGAUAUUGUGGUAUGCAUUAAUUCCAUUUGUUACUGUUGUGACAGAAGCCUUGUGUACAAGGGAAUGGUGUAAACAGUUAUACCAUUUUGUUCACUGUAUUUAGUAGACCUAAUUGUUUAAUAGUUAUUGAAUCAUGAUGUAAAGAAAUGUGACAAUAUUCAGGUAUGUGCUUUCUGAAUGUUUCAAAUUACAAUCUGUGAGCACUAUUGACACCCACAGGAGAGAAUAAAAUUACCUGUGCAAAGGUGGAUUGUGGUGUGUGUAACCUCCAAAGAUUACGGUUCAAGUUUGAAGAUUAUUUUUGAACACGUGAUGGGUAUUUACAUUUGGACACUAGACUUUCAGGUCUCUCAAUUAGGAGGUAGGGCCAAUUUUUGAAUAAAGUGUAGUAGAACUCUGCAGUUUUAGUCAUUUGUUUUGUCUAAGUAUUUUACAUGUUUCCUUUUUAAGACUGUUAAUUUUGCCUUCAUCUUGACAUUGAUGUCAUUUCUGAUGUAGUCUGAAAAGAGACAUUGCUAACCUUACAAAUCUCUGAAAUGAGACUUAGGUUAGCAUCCUGAGUGAGCUUUUAAAAGAGGAUUUUGUGGCAGUGCUCCCCUUCCUGUGCCCUCACAGGCUUGUAAAUGGGAGAAAUAAAUUUACAUUUUAAGGGCAUUUCUAAACUACCGUAUUCCAUCUAGAAAAUUAGCCUUUCAAAUCCGUUUUAUUUCAAAAUUGUAUACUGUUAUGUCAAAAGUAAUUGUUAACUUCAAACAAAUCCCGACUUCUAUGAAGUAAAACAUGAGAGACGAGCCCUCUUACCCCCUAAGUUUCUUCUUCGCAAGGAAGUUACAUAGUUUUUCGGACCUUUUCCUGUAUCUCUACAACAUAUAUAUCCACACACAGUUUAUUUUUAAAUAAAAAUAGGAUCAUAUCGCACAUAUUCUGUCACUUGCUUUUUUUGCUUACUGGUAUAGCCAGGGUGUCUUGUCAAUGUGUCUAGAGCUACCUCAUUCUUUUAACUGGCUACAGUGGUUUUCUAUCAUGUAUUUGUGUCACAGUGUAGCUAACUGGAUGGAUAUUCACUUUGUUUUUGGUUUUGCUCUUACAGGCACUGAAGCGGUAAACAUCCUUGUAUACAUAUCUUUGUGUAUUUGUAGUAGUAUUUCUGUAAGAAAGAUCCUGGAAGUAGGGUUGGUAGGUCAUAGGGUAUAUAUAUUUAAAGUUUUGACAUAACUGCCAAGUUAUCGUCAGAAUUCUCAGUUCAAGACAUGAUUGGAAUGCAGUUUUAUUUUCAAUUUUUCUUUGGAUAAGAGGAAGCUGAAAAAUUUUGGUUUUGAUGUCAACAAAUUCUGGUUCUGUCUUCUUUUGCAAGUGUUCUUUGAGUCUUAGUGUUUGUAAAACGGGUAUAAUCUCUAUCAUGGGGGGAUGUGUUUUGAUGAUUAAAAGAUUGUUAGGCCCACACGAUGACUUGAAGGCUUUUCUUAGACUUUAGUAUUAUUGUGAUAGGAGUAGGUGGGGAUUGUGUCAGGUUUAAAAUUCCAGCAUAUGUUUGGAACUAUGGGACUUUGAUUAUCAUUUCUCCCUGGGAUGCAGAGCAGCUGCAUGAGUAGCUCUGCAGCCAGACCCCAGCUCUGCUACCAGUUAGCCCUGUGGUCUCAGCGCUCGCGCCCUCCUUGGUAGAAUGGGGUAGCUAGAGUGCCCACCUCCUAGUCUGUCGGGUUGAGUAUCCAGCGGCCCAUCCAGUGCUUGGAGUGGUGCCCGAGGAGAGCUUGAUUCAUGGGCGGACAGUCCUAGAGGAGGGCCAGUAGCUCCUUUUCCACCUGUGUUUAACCUGGGAAUUUCAAGGUGUGAGUCAUUGUGGAGUCUGAAGGUUAGAAAGAAGUAGUGAUGUGUGUGUGUGGGGGGGUGGGGUGGGGUAAGGAAUACAGUCUGUGUCUGUAGCGCAACGUUAAAGCAGUUUGAGAGUCUCUGAGCUGCAGUCCGUGUUGAUGGCAGCUAUCAUUUCUGGGAGGGCCUGCUCCCGUUGCUUGCUGUGCUUUGUUUGCUCUGGCGUCUGCUGGUUCUCCUCUAGGAUGGAGCUCAGGUAACUCUGAGAGUCAUUGAACAUUUAUCGAGUGUCUGACAGAGACCCUUCUCCUGGUGCUCUCACCCACAUUACCUCCUCCCUUCCCCAUGGUGUUGGUGCUGGGAGGACCCGCAGUCCCCGUGGUACCAGGAGAGGCUUAGGGUCAAAGAAGUUUAAGUGAUUUCUUCAUUAAAACUCACAAAUUUUGAGUUGGAGUCAGAAUUUGAACCUAAGAUUUCCGAUUGCUGGGCUCUUUCCUUCCUGUCGUGCCUCCCAUCUUUACUAGGCGCUGAACAAGUGAGGCAAACACGUUCCUUAACCUUAGUCCAAGACAGACAGUGAUGUAGAAAAGGCAGGGGGUGUGGGUCAUCAGAUACCGAAUCGUGUCAGUGUUUGGCCCAGAACAUUUUGUCAGUGAGCGGUGACGACGUCCCCAGGUAUUCCGUGCUAGUUUCUGUAGACUACGUUAUUCGACCUGGAAGAUUUCCCUGCAUGCUGGAGCUGCUCUUAAACAGGCGCUGUGUGUUCUGGGUAGAGCACACUCUGUACAGCUUGUUGAAUGAGCACGUAUCAAGUAGUACCUUUAAAGUAAUGCUCUGUAUGUAACAAACACUCGGCAGAUGUGAACUUUUUCUUGCUUUCACUUUAAAAUUAAAUAGUCCCAAGUGUUGGAAAUAAAAGAAGUUGAUCGAGA